ACGAUGCGAAUUAAAUAACUAGCAAAUAAAAACUGUGAAAAGUAUUCAAUUUGUACUAAACAUUCUCCUAUUUAGUAGUAUUCCAAUACAUAUGAUCGUCAGUGUAUAUAUUUCAUAGUUCUCAGUGUCACACUGUAAAGGCUUAUGCAUUUGUGCAUAAAUUUAAAAGUGCACACAUUGCACAUGCCUGAACACUGCAAAAAUAUAUGAAAUAUCUGAAGUACAGUAUUAGAAGUAUGAGAAAACCCGAUAAUAUCUGGUCGAGACGAAAACAUUUGUCGAGAAUUUCGACAUACUGGAGAAUUCCGAAAUUUUCGGAAAUCUAACCCGUCCUGAUUUGGUAUCUUAUUCCGACUACAGGUUUGCCGACAUUUUCGAGUUCUCGCACACAUUUAUAAACGUAAUAUUAGUUCUAAUAUCUAGUAGGUAAAAGAAAUACCAUUUCCACAAACAUGUUUAUAAAGAUAUAAAUUUGCACAAACAUUUACAGGUUGCUUGGUAUACUUACAUGUUAACCAUGAUAGAGCAAAAAGAUGAAACAAUACAUAUAUUGGAAAAUCAUUGGAAACGGUUAAUUGAACUGAAAGAAAAUACGAAAGAGGACUCACAAGUUUCGUGACUCGUUGAAAGUUCAAAUUUUACAUGAAGCAUGUCAAUAAUUUAAUUAAACGUGCAAUUGCAUAAGUAUGUCACCUGAUUUUACGAAACGGUUUUUUGGACACAGUGAACGUCGAAGAAAUGUUAGGGAACGUGAUCGCUAAUAAUUAAAGAAGCUUAAAAAGCUCCAGGACAAAUUUUAUAUGUAACUCAAAGAAUAAGAGUGAAAAGGAAACGAGACUGGUAAAGACAAAGAUUAUAAGUCUUACGCAACUAUUAAGAGCGAUCAUAACCGUAGUGGAUGUUAACGAGAUUACUUCUAAAUAGCUCGCGGUGUCUUUUACAUGCUUCGAGAACCUUUUGUAAAAGCUACGAUUUCACCCCAUCUCUCGAGCGUGAAACCUUAUUAAAAUUCUCGUCGAAUGAAAUCAACUUUCAUGAAAGCAUCGAUACGAUUCUGGAUUUCUUCUUCGAAUUUUAUUUAUCAUUGAUUGUUAAAAUAGUUAACUUUGUUCAAACUACUUAAAAUAUUACCGUUCUUUUUAAUGGUCGCCAAAAAUCUGAAAGAAAUGAGAUGCGACAUAUUUGGCCUGGGUUCAAACAGAUGAAAAAUUUAAGCAUGAAGGGUAGUGACAUCACAAAAUAAAGCAAGAUCUUUCUUCGUGACGUACGUCGAUAUAGCUGCUCUACACUACGUAAUGGUUGCGGUGAUAAAUGCCGAAUUACGCAGAUCCUUCGCCCCAAAGGCGCCGCUAUGUCUGUCCUUCUCAUCUCUUCACACCCCUCCUCUCUUCUUUCUUCUUACUAUUAAAGCAUUUUCGAAUCUUUUUUUCUUCCCCUCUUCAACGUAUUUCCACUGAAUAGAUGUUCGAAUAAUUGCGAAUUAAUUGCAAUAGCUUUUGAUGAUCGGUGCCGUUUUCGCGCUUCUUUUGGCCGCACUGCGGAAAACAUCAUACAAAAACGAUCGUUACGAUUUCAUCGACUUGCAACGAUUCCACCAGGCAAUUAAACGAAACGAAGAGAUCCAAUUUAUUCGUAAUCGUAGGAGGAAAAGUUAUAUGUUGUUCAAGAAAAUUCCUUGAAGGGUAGAUUAACUGAUACGAUCGAUUAUGAAACUACGACUUCUAUUAUUAUUAAAGGUGUAGUAGUUGUCGAAGACAAAAGAUCUAGGUUCUUUACAAUUGGACUGACGCUUCACCUAUUCAUGAAAAGAUAUUCUAAACGAACUUUCCUCAACCACUUGCCACGCAUAAAAGUAAGAAAGAACAAAGAAGGAAAGAGAAAAAAGCGAACGACUGCUUUUUCAUAUUAAACAGAUACCUGCCUGCCAAGUCUUGCCUGUCGUUUUUAAUGAGACCUACGCGGGCGUUGUGGGUUAAUUAUUCCUUAAAAAAAAAAAAAAAAGGGAAUAAACUCGCGUCUGUAAUUCUUACGUUCGUUAACCAUCGUCGUCGGUGAUUUUUCAAGAGCAUCUUUCGAAACUGAUAUUAAGUUCCGCUGUUCCAUUAUAAACGGUUCGACAACAUUUGCUCGUAAUAUCCCGAUUAAUCGAUUUCUUAAUAUUUCUGUAUUAUUUUCUUCAGCACUGCUCAUUGAACGCUACUCAUCGAAAUUAUGUACCAACCAAUUAAUUAGGUUCUGCAGUUCAGUCUGCACUGAAUCGCGAGAAUCAGAGUCUCGCGCAUGAGACUCUCGAACGAUGUCUAAGAAGACGUAAAAACAGCAAGAAGGAAGAAGAAGGAAAAGAUUCCUUACGCUCAGACGAGUCUACGAAGAUUUUAAUAUACCAAGAUACAAUGGUGAUAGAAGAUUUGACGGCCAAAAAGAGCGAAGUCUAUUCGAGCGUGCAAAUACAAAUAUCAACUGCAAUUGUAUCUAAAGGUUGCGAAAGCAAUCUAUCCGGCUAUAUUUCUUCGUUUCGACGUCUAUACAUUGAUUUCGUUUUAAGAGAAGCAAUUUUGUCGGAAGUAAACGUCAUAAGCGAAACUUAAAAUUUCAAUGAUCUAAAUAAUCUAAUGGCAAUUUCUCCAAGUACUGUGACGUAAAUUGUAACGAGACAACCACGUUCCUGUAUCGCUUCGAUUUCACGCACGCAAUUUCCUUUCCCGAUCACAAUCUGCAAAUUUCCAAAAACAAACGGUCCACGACCAAACCACGCAUCAUUACUUCAAUCCAAUUUCGAGUAGAAAGAAAGAAAAUGCAAUUGCACGAAUCGAAAGUUAUCGUGUUAUAUCGUAUCUAGAAACGAUGUCCUCCCUCCGUUCGGGCUUCAUUCAUAGAGGUUCAUUCAUGAAUCUUCGUGCUUACUACGUAAGAAGUUUCUACGUCUGAAAAACAGUUUUUCGAUGCUCGCCGGUCGCCAGUUUCGCCGAGGGAUUUCCUGUGAUAUCAUCGUUCGGGGUGGAGACUAAUCCAAUGACGUAAUGAACCAGAGGGUGUAUAAUACAUACGGGGCGGCCGUAACGACGUGGAGGAGGAACACAUCGGUGAUGCUGGUACCAAUAGUGGUGGAUUCAGCUCUGCUUCUCUUGGUGGUACGGAAGAAGAACGUAGAAGAGGGGUGAGUGGUUGCAGUAUAAAUGUGGCCCGCGCAAGCUCCACCAAUCACUCGCCCUCUGACCUCCAAACUCCAAGCUCUCAAGCUCUCGUGGUACCAAACACCCCCUCUUCGUUCAUACGAUCAAGAGACAAGCCAGCACGUCGGCACUGAAACUCGUGCCUCGUGAUCACCGCGUGGUGGUGUCAUUCGAGUAUCAUCGCCGAGGACCGCUCGCUACCAUCGAGGCCAACCUUUAACUUCGACUCCAGCAAAAACUCGAAAUUGUUCGCUUUACGUGGCAGCACGAUUUGCUUAUUCCUUCCACCUGCGAUACCUCUUUAAUCUCACAAACAUGGUAACGGUUGUGGCUUACAUCCAACGAUGCAUGAUCAUUUUUGCCAUCCUACUUUGUUAUUUUCACGUUCGGAGUGAACGUAGUGAAAGCGUGAAUUGCGAAGCAUUUCCGUACCAUCAAAUGUGUAGAGGUUCGAUGUCAAGAAAACGUGCAAUGUUCCCGAUCAUGUACGGAUUAGGAUGCGAGGGGAGUGAAGGAAACAUAAAUUGCAUCAAGGAAUUUGAAGAAAGACAUCGUAUUCCUUACAUUCCUCUAUCGAAGUCAAAACUGUUGAUUGCUUUGCUUGACGAUGAUCUGCAAAAGGAUAUUACACGAUCUGCUCGCCACAAAUUAAGAAACGAUGAAAUGAAUAAACGAAAGCCAUCUAUAAUAGAGAACUUCUUGUCGGAAUUGGACUCUUCGGACAGCUAUUGAAUGAAAUGAUCAGGAAAUACAAAUUUUCUCGACUUGUGCAAACAUUUUUCAUCGUUUAAAAUUUUAGAAAUAUAUAUUUAGUCUUCUUUCUCUUUC